UUUAUAAAUUUACACCCAUUAUACUAAAAACGGGUGUAAAUAAAACACAAGAUGGCAAAUUCGUAAAUAAAGUCUCAUUUUUAGUAUUGACGAGUAACCAUGGACACCCUAUUUUUAAAAAACGGGUGUAAAUUAAAAAAAAUAUUAUAAUCAAGUGUUUAUUACUCCCUUUUUCUUCAAUAACGGACGUAAAUAGAAAAAUUAUUUGUAAAAUAGUAUAAGUUAAUAUUUGUAUUUUCUUUCUCCUUUCAUUAAAACCUAAUCACCAUUUUUAUGCUCUUAAUUUCACCGUGUCAACUCCAAAUGUUUCAAACCCCAAUUUCACAUCCACCAUGAAUCAUUCUUCACAACCCGAAACACCUCCACCCUCUGAUUCCAUCACCUCGUCACAAUCCGAACCGCCACCAUCGUUUGAUUCCGCCGCCAAUCCAUCAUUUCCCGAACCAUCUCCAUCGUCCUAUUCCACCACGCUAUCCGAACCACAGUCACCACCUUCUUUGUUCCAUUCCUCAGAUACUCAAACCCCCGAACCAAGUGUUCGGUAAAAGUUCUGAACCGAGAUUCUUCUUCCUCUAUUUUGUGAUGAAAAUUUCGGAGUUGCUGUUAUGAAACAUUAAGUUAUCCAAGUUGAAUAGAAAAAUAUCAUUGCAUGUCUUAGCGACUGUGCCUCGUUCCGUUGGAGCUCUUUCCAGAAUACAAGUGCUUCGGUUUAAGAGUAGAAAUUGAAGUGCUAAUCAACAAAUGGGUUGAGGAUGCGAUUCUCAUUCUUCUUCAGACCAAAGUGAUGCCCAUUGUUGAUGCAAAAAGAGAAGGAGCAAUUGCAAUAUUUGGAGAAAAAUAUGGUUAAGAGUACAAGCUGAUGUGAAAGAGGAUAUAUUGAGCAUGGUGGUCGAUAGUCGGUGAUAGCUUCUCGUUCCACUCAAAUCACUAAAUGCAACCAUAAUCUACAUCUUGCAGAAAAACUAGGAAUUUGAAACACCUCUUUGUUGAAGGAACUCUACCACUAGAGCUUCUGAACCUUGUUCACAUAAAGUCUACGUAAGCACUAGGAGAAUUGGUUAUUUGGGGGUCUGAGAGUCUAGGUGCGAGGCAUUUGGAAUUGAUUUAGCAAGCUUGUUAGGAAGUUAUUAUUUUUGGUAGGAGUUUUGAACUCCGAUUUAUUGCUUUCUACUGUUGUAGAGCUCUUGAGCUCAUCACUUUAUGUUCAAUAAUAUACUGUUGCAUCUUCAAUUUACUGAGUUCUAUCUUUCCGUGUCUGGCCUUUAAUUUGAAUUGUCGGUGCUACAAAGGAAACUUGUUUAGUCUAAUUUAAGGGCUUUGAAGGCGGUGGUGAGGAUUCAAGCACUAAUUAUGGGGUAGGCAAGUGAGUAAGCAAGCUUGCAUGCAUUGGUUCGUGUUCAGGCUCGAGUGAGAGCUCGGCGGGUGAGGAUGUCUAUGGAGGGACAAACUGUGCAGAAUAUGCUUAAUGAGCAGUGUACAAACCUUGAACUUUUGAAGGAUGCUGAGGUUUGUAUCAUGAAUUGACAAUGGGAAGUUUUCAUGUUUUUUAGCUUUGGUGCUGUUUAAGGAGUAUGUUUUGUGUAUGGCAGGAAGGGUGGUGUGAUAGUAUUUGAGAUUUUUAGCAGCAAUACAGGCCAACCUCAAGCUCUAAUUCACAAACAACCGUCUCGUUUUCCUUUCUCAAGAAUCCUGAGAUGAAAAAAUAAUGGAGGAUGGAGUUGGUUGGAAAGAUGGAUGGCAUCCAAGCCUUGGGAGACAAGAUUGAUGGAACAAUCAUACACCUUAAACCCCUUUUCAGUAUUAUUCUUUGGAUAUCACUUACUUUAAGUCUAGUCUUGAUUCACACCUUUAAGAGAAACAUGUCAAAGAUAGUAGUAUCAUGCAUGUUUCUGAGAAACAAUUGGCAAAGGUGUUUUGGUUAUAGAGGUUGCAAUGCUUUCCUGCAGGUAUAUAUAUCUUGGGUUAUUCGACAGCGAAGUAGAAGCUGCAAGGGCUUAUGACAAAGCAGCUAUCCAAAGCAAUGGAAUGGAAGCAGUGACUAAUUUUGAGCCCAGCACAUACGAAGGAGAGAUGAAAUCUGCAGCCAUAAAUGAUGGCAGCAGUCCAAAUCUUGAUCUCAAUUUGGGCAUAGCCAAACCAGCACCAGGUCCCAAAGAAAAUUGGGGGAAACUUCACUUCCCCUCUGUCUCUUACACAAGUUCAAGGAUGGAAACGAAUGUUUCAGGAAUCAGUAAUUCAUCUUUAAAAAGGCUAUUAGUAACUGAAGAGCAUCGUUCUUUUCGGAAUGACAUGUAUCCCGGUUUCUUUCCCAAUGAGGUACAUAUUAGAAAGGAUAACUCAGCAGUCUCUUCUCAUAGAUAUUGGAGUCAAUCAACACAAGAGCCAGUCUCCUUGUUGGACCAAAGAGAUUAAUCCGUUGUGUAUUAAUUAACACUGAAUAUAUUGCAGGCUCUGAGUGAGAAAGGCUAUGAACUUGUUUCUGGUGGGACUGAAAAUCAUCUAGUUUUGGUGAAUAUGAAGAAAAAGGUAACCCGAUAACUACUUUGACUUUGCUUGAGAAGAUGAAGUCGGUGUACACGAAUGUAGAAGGUCUUCCUCCGGAUUGAAUUGUGGAAAACAAUUGCUUCUCCAGGGCGUGGUAUUUUGGCCAUGGAUGAAUCCAAUAGUACAUGUGGAAAGCGGUUAGAUUCAAUUGGACUAGAGAACAACCGAAGCUAACCGUCAAGCAUGGCGUAAAAUUAUAUAUGAAGAAAGUGUUAUGACUUGGUUAAAAUAUAAUUUUUAUGUGUAUGAUUUUAUAGUACUUGAAAUAUUAUGAAUGCACAUGAUUUUGUAUACUUUUGGUUAAUAUUAAAAAUAUUUUGACUUAGUUAAAAUA